AUGUUCCAGUAUUUUUUCCUCUAUUUCUUUCAAAUCGUUUCUGCUCAAGAACAAAGUGAUACACCUAAUGUCGCUUCAUAUGAAAUUAGAGAACACAGUUUAGUCAAACCCUAUCCCGCGGUAUUUUCUACGGGUAGUUCUUAUUGGCAUUUGACCGGUAAUACAAUUGUGACGGAUCGUUGGAUUCGACUUACGGCCGAUACGCAAAGUAAACAAGGUGGACUUUGGAAUCUUCUUCCGGUGACGUAUCCCGAUUGGGAAAUGCAUGUUCAUUUUAAAGUUCAUGGUACGGGUAAAGAAUUGUUUGGUGAUGGAUUAGUUAUUUGGUACGUGCGAGACCCAAAGCAUUUAGGACCUGUUUUUGGUUAUCAGGAUUAUUUUCAUGGAUUAGGUAUUGUUUUGGAUACUUACAGCAAUCACAAUGGUCCACAUAAUCAUGCUCAUCCAUAUAUAUCAGCUAUGGUUAAUAAUGGCACACUGCAUUAUGAUCAUGAUCGUGACGGUACACACACACAAAUAGCCGGUUGUGAAUCAGCAUUCAGAGGCAGAGAUACAGACACACUCAUUGCUAUUCGAUAUAAAGAUGAUAAAUUAACAGUAUCUACCGAUGUUGACGGCAGAAAUGUAUGGCGAGAAUGUUUUUCUGCUGAAGGUGUCAGAUUACCAACUCAUUAUUAUUUCGGUUUUUCGGCAGCAACCGGUGAAUUAACAGAUAGUCAUGAUAUUAUAUCGGUACAUACUUAUCAACUUGAUUCAUCCAAUGAGAGAAAGUUGGAAGAUCGGCAAGCAAUAGUGCCUUUUGGUUUGACAUCUGAAGCUGAACGACUUCAUGUUGACGAUCCAAAAUCUGUUAGUUGGACAGCAUUAAAAAUUUUCUUUUAUGUUCUAUUAUUUCUUAUUAUAUCAGUCGGUUUAGCCAUUGGUGGUUAUUUUUAUAUGAACAGUCGAAGGUAUCAUAAAAGUCGUUUCUAUUAA